AUGGCUUUCGCAGACAGCGACGUCCGCGCCAUGGUCUCUGCCGCAGGGCAGGGCGCUUUCGGCGGGAGCGGGAACGACAAGGUAGCUCAGUGGGUGCAGUUCUCCAUUGGGUCAGUGGAGCCCACUGAUUACGCAGAAGAGAAGAUGCGUGAUUUUGUCAUCAGUAGCUUGCAAGUGAACGCUGUUCCUUUCGACCAGGACCAAGAUGAGCAAUGGAAAAACUUCAAGCUCAAACCUGCCCACAUCACCUUGGCCCUCAAGGUCCAAACGAAGGCGAUGCGUGAGUUCCCGUCGGGCUGCCCGGGCUCCAGCAGCGCCGCGGACCAGACUGCCCAGGCCAUUGCAGAGUGGGCCAAGGUGCAAAACGCCAAGGCGGAGAAAGAAGCAAAGCGCGGGACGUUGAGCUUCAACUUGCAGGACAGGAUCGCUGAAGUGGGGCUCCGGUGCGUCCAAGGAGAUUUACUCCCGACAGAAGAGGCUCUUCUCCGAAUGGAGAAUCUCCCGUCGGCGAAGAUUGCCAGGGAUAAGGGCCGGAAAUGGGUGGGCUCCUCUGAGGGAGAAGAUCUGCUUGCGAACUUCCGCCCAGGCUUUUCGAAAACGCCUAAACUGGACGUCCUCGUGGGCAGCGGGACCAUCGGUGACAAAGUCACGGAAGCCCGGGAAGCGAAGCGGGCCCGCACCAUCGAGGAGCGGAUCGGCUUUAUGGGCUUCGCGAAUUUUCAUGAAGCGUAA